AUGGCGAACCGGGGCAAAACUCACAAUGAGGAGGUCUACUGUAUCAAAGACCUCGAGCGACUGGGCUCAAGCAAGAUGCAAAAAGCUUAUCGCGAAUAUUACAACGAGGGAGCUAUGGACCUCAUCACUCUGCGAGAGAACGAAUCCGCCUACGAUCGAUACAUGAUCCGUCCUCGCGUACUCCGCGAUCUUUCCAAACUGGACACCAGCACUUCCAUCGUCGGAUGCAAGGUGAAGUUCCCCUUCGGAUUCUCUCCAACUGCCAUGCAAACACUGGCACACCCGGAGGGAGAGGAGGGAACAUCCAAGGCCUGUGCCAAUAAUAAUACCCUGAUGGGCCUAUCAAACUACUCCACCAAGGAACUUGAAAAAGUGAUCUCCCACAGCAAGGGAAACCCGUACGUGAUGCAGAUGAGUCUUCUCAAGAACAAGAAGGCUAUGAUCCAGAUGAUCAAGCGAGCAGAAGCCGCCGGCUUCAAGGCACUAUUCCUUACCCUUGACGUACCGUACUUGGGUCGACGACUCAACGAGUACCGCAACAAGUUUGCCGUGCCGGAUGGAAUGGAAUACCCAAACCUUUUCCCAGGCGUUGAUGUGACCAAUCUUGAGGAUGGCGAUGAGUCAAUGGCCUACGACUCCUCUAUUGAGUGGCCGCAGAUUAUGCCUUUCUUCCGUCAACACACAAAAAUGGAGAUCUGGGGCAAAGGAAUCUACACCUCUGGAGACGCCGAGCUCGCUAUUAAGUAUGGCUUCGACGGAAUCGUAAUCUCAAACCACGGCGGUCGCCAGCUCGAUAGUGUCCCCUCCACCCUGGACGUUCUCCGCGAGAUUGUCCCCGUUGCAAAGGGCAAGAUUCCCAUCGCUAUUGACGGUGGUAUCCGACGUGGUACCGAUAUUUUCAAGGCUCUGGCUCUUGGUGCAGACUUUUGCCUUGCUGGUCGACCGGCAAUUUGGGGAUUGGCUUACAACGGCCAAGAAGGUGUGGAGCUUGCUCUCAACCUGCUUUACGAUGAGUUCAAGACAUGCAUGGCACUAGCAGGAUGCAAGAAUGUGUCUGAAAUUCAGAAGGAGCUGGUCUCGCUGCUGCAGCCUGAUGGUCGUUUGUUGAAGUUGUAA